CCGGAAACUGCGCAUGCACUCGGUGGACGACAUGCUGGGGAGAGUCUGCAGCAGGAGAUGAAGAUGUCUCUGUGCGUGAUCCACUGGAACCGGGGUGCUGAGGACACAACAGCAUUUAUUGAUCUGUUCCGUCUGCGGGAAGUGACUCAUCGAAGCUGAUGAUACGUCAGGAAACUCACAGCAGUGAGAGGUUGAUCAGGGAUUCACUCACUCAGCCGGCCCGCCAAGACACCGGUGGGCUGACACAAGGGAGAGAGACUGUUCAAUUGUUCCGUGUGUGGGACGAGAUUCACUCGGUAACCUGAUCUGCUGACACACGAGCCAGUUCUCACUGCGGAGAGGCCGUUCACCUACUCAGGCUGUGCGAAGGGAUUCACUCAGUCAUCCCAACUACAGAGACAUCAGCGAAUACACACACGAGAGGGGCAAUCCCCCAACUCGGACUGUGGGAAUCACUCAGUCAUCCCACCUAUAGACAUAACUAUCGGUUCACACUGGGGAGAAGAUGUUCUCCUGCUCAGAGUGUGGGAAGGCAUUCACUCGAUCAUCUGACCUGUUGGCUCACCAGUCAGUUCACACAGGAGGGGUGCUGUUCACCUGCUUGGACUGUGGGAAGGGGUUCUCAGAGUCAUCCGGUCUACUGAGACACCAGCGAGUUCACACUGGGGAGAGGCCGUACACCUGCCCAGACUGUGGGAAGGGAUUCAGUCAGUUAUCUAACCUACUGAGACACCAGCGAGUUCACACUGGGGAGAGACCUUUCACCUGCUCACUUUGUGGGAAAGGAUUCACUCAAUCGUCUUACCUACUGGAACACCAGCGGGUUCACACUGGGGAGAGGCCGUUCACCUGCUCGGACUGUGGGAAGGGCUUCAGUCGCUCGUCUCUCCUGAAGGAACAUCAGAGAGUUCACACUGGGGAGAGGCCCUUCACCUGCUCCGACUGUGGCCAGGGAUUCACUCGAUCAUCUGACCUGUUGGUUCACCAGUCAGUUCAUACAGGAGGGGUGCUCUUCACCUGCUUGGACUGUGGGAAGGGGUUCUCAGAGUCAUCCGGUCUACUGAGACACCAGCGAGUUCACACUGGGGAGAGGCCGUUCACCUGCUCAGACUGUGGGAAGGGAUUCAGUCAGUUAUCUAAUCUACUGAGACACCAGCGAGUUCACACUGGGGAGAGACCUUUCACCUGCUCACUUUGUGGGAAGGGGUUCAUGCAAUCAUCUUACUUACUGGCCCACCAGCGGGUUCACACGGGGGAGAGGCCGUUCACCUGCUCACAUUGUGGGAAAGGAUUCACUCACUCACCUCACCUGAAGCAGCACCAGCAAGUUCACACUGGGGAGAGGCCGUUCACCUGCUCAGACUGUGGGAAGGGGUUCAGUCGAUCAUGUAACCUGAAGGUACAUCAGCGAGUUCACACUGGGGAGAGGCCGUUCACCUGCUCCGACUGUGGGAAAGGAUUCAAUCACUCAUCCCACCUGAAGCAACACCAGCGGGUUCACACUGGGGAGAGGCCGUUCAGCUGCUCGGAAUGUGGGAAGGGCUUCACUCAGUCGUGGCACCUCAUGGCACACUGUCAAGUUCACACUGGGGAGAGGCCGUUCACCUGCUCCGACUGUGGGAAGGGAUUCAGUCAUUCAGCCAGCCUCCAGAAACACUACGGAGUUCACACUGGGGGGAAACGAGCCGCAGACACAACGGUGAACAGAGGGGGGAGCCAGUUCACCUGCUCUGUGUGUGGGACAGGAUUGACACAGUCAUCCAGCCUGAAGAUACAUCAGCAAGUUCACAGCACAGUGAGAUGGUUCGCCUGUUCCGUCUGCGGGAAGAGAUUCAUUCAGUCAUCCUCGCCGACGAUACGUCAGAAAAUUCACAGCAUGUGUUCACACUGGGCACUUGCUCAGACAGUGGGAAGGGAUUCAAUCGAUCAUCUGCCCUAUUGGUACACCAGAGAGUUCACACGGGAGAUGCCAUUCACUUGCUCAGACUGUGGGAAGGAGUUCAAUCGAAAAUCCCAUCUACAAGCACACCAGCGAAUUCACAUGGUAGAGAGGCCAUUCACCUGCUCAGACUGCGGGAAGGGCUUCACACAUUUAUCUCACCUACAGGUACACUGGCGAGUCCACACUGGGGAGAGGCCGUUCACCUGCUCAGUGUGCAGGAAGGGAUUCAGUCGAUCGUCUGCCCUAUUGGUACACCAGCGAGUUCACACUGGGGAGAGGCCGUUCACCUGCUCAGACUGUGGGAAGAGAUUCACUCAGUCAUCUGACCUACUGGCACACCAGUCAGUUCACACUGGAGUGUACCCACACACCUGCUCUGACUGUGGGAAGGGAUUCACGAAGCCGUCUAAACUGAAGGUACACCAACGAGUUCACACUGGGGAGAAGCCGUUCACUUGUUCAGACUGUGGGAAGGGGUUCACUCAGUCAUCUGACCUGCAUGCACACCAGCGAGUUCACACUGGGGAGUGGCCGUUCACCUGCUCAGACUGUGGGAAGGGGUUCACUCAGUCAUCUAAGCUGAAGGUGCAUCAGCGAGUUCACACUGGGGAGAGGCCAUUUACCUGUUCAGUGUGUGGGAAGAGUUUCACUCGAUCAUCUCACCUACAGGCACAUAAGUCACUUCACACUGGGGAGUGGCCGUUCACCUGCUCAGACUGUGGGAAGGGAUUCAGUCAGUCAUCCCAACUGAAGGUACAUCAGCGAGUUCACACUGGGGAGAGGCCGUUUAGGUGUACAGUGUGUGCGAAGGGAUUCACUCAAUUAUCUCACCUACAGGCACACAAGUUAGUUCACACUGGGGAGAGACCGUUCACCUGCUCUGACUGCGGGAAAGGAUACACUCAGUCAUCUCAACUGAAGGUACACCAGCGAGUUCACACUGGGGAGAGGCCAUUCACCUGUUGAGUGUGUGGGAAGGGAUUCACUCAAUUAACUCACCUACGGGCACCUCAGUUAGUUCGCCUGCUCAGACUGUGGGAAAGGUUAUCCCACAGUUGUUUCGCUGCUGUGACACCAGCUUGUUGACAGUCGUGAGAGGCCAUUGACCUGCUCUGAGUCGAUAAGGGAUUCACUUGGUCAUCUUUCCCUGCUGGCAAGUUCAUGCUGGAGAGAGACCCAUUACCUGCUGAAAAUGUGUGAAAGGAUUCACUCGGUCAUCUCAACUGAUGCUACAUUGGCGAGUUCACACUGGAGAGAGGCUGUUCACCUGCUCAGACUGCGGGAAGAGAUUUUCACUGUGUGACACACUACCGACUUCACACUGGGGAGAAAUGUUUUGAUAAGCUGCCGGCUGGAUACUUAAGAUUGCUGUGUCCGGAGGCAAGUUCACAAGUGACCGUUGUUGUCGGACUCUGCAGUUACUGCUGCUGUUCAUCAAACCAGGUCUGCACCCUGGUCACUGGGAAUGGGAGGAGUUUCUUCUGAUGUUCGCA